GACUCUUCUCAAAGCGCUGUCGAAGGAAACGGAUUCGCGAACGGAACUGAAAGCGGUGGCACAUCCUCCCCGAAUACGAACGACAUCACAGCCAAUCCCACUAGCUCAUCCUCCAUCUCCUCCAACGCGACCACAGGAGAGAACGCAACUUCGGCAGAGCAAAAGGCGGAAGUCGCGAAAACCAGGGCGGAAGCUACAGCCAAUGCGGCGGCGACGGCGGAGACGGGUGACGGAAG